AUGCGACUCAUUGUAGUGUUAUGGAUAUUAAUCAUUUUUAAUAUUGUUUUUGCAAAGGUCCAACACAAACAUGAACUAAAAGGUAACAUUACAGUUUUUUGGCCUUUUAAAAAGUUUUUUAGUUUACUUAAAGUCGCAUUUUACACUUUAAACGUUUGAAAUAACUUCUGUAAGCCUUCAUUUUUAAUAUUGACAGAUAAUAAGUUUUAAACACGAAAAGUUGUAAGAAUAUUAAUAUAAACAUGUUUCAGUGUUAAACGAGACAGAUUCAUCAGAAGAAGAUCAUGGUCAAGGCUCAUUUGAUGAUGAAGGUGAUUCCCAUGGUAACUUAAUAUUUUUAUUUUAUGCGUAUUUAGAACAAAAAACACUAUAAAUAUGGUACAAUGCUAAAUUUGGAAUAUUAUAAUGGAUUCUUUAAACCUAAUCAAUGAAUAAAAAUCGAAAUCAAGGUAAUGUGUGAUUUAGAACAAGAAGAUAAAGGGGACAGUGAAGUAAGCGAAGAAAGGAACCCUGAGGACUUUAUAAACUCUGAUUUGACACCAGUUAAGCUACAAGGAGAUCAUGAUCGACCAGAAGAAACGAUAUCCAUCAUCUCCAGCUCUUUUAACAAUAGGUGAGGUGUUUUUAGCCAAAUUUUAAAAUUUUUAGGUAAAAAAUAAUGAUGUUUAGUACAUACUGGGUAUAAAAUAUAGUUUAGGUAACAACAAAUAUAAUUACUUAAAAAUUUUAUUACUUAACCAAAGUUUAUGUUUAGAAAGUCUUUUACUUGUCCAAAGAUCAAAGCCGAGUUUGUUACUGGAAAAUCGACCGCUGAUUUAAGCCCUGAGGACAUUGGAAUAAUUGCAGCGAUGGGAGAUUCUUUAGCUGUAAGUUUUUGGCUAAUAAACCUAAAAUUUUAGGUUUAUAAAAUUGUUUUUCGAAUCACCUAUAUUUUGAAAAGUAACAAGUUUGUUGGCGUACUAAAGACAAUAUUACUCACGUCAAAAAGGCAAUCUUACUCAAAGACAAUAUUACUGAUCUUUAAUUCAAUUUUACUGUGUAUAUCAGUAAAACUGUUGCUUAAAUGUUAUAUUUUUUGUGAUACUUUUGACUUUGAAAUGCCAAGAAAUGUCAAACCUUAUUAUAAAUUUUGUAAAUUGACCUUUCGCUCGCACUUUUCGAUCGGAAACAAAGUUCGGGCCAAUUUAAAGUAUAUCUGCCCUUUGAUCAGACCUUUGUCUAUCGAAAAUGACCAAAUAAAUCUGCUGACCCAUCAAUUAAAACACAAAAAAUCGGGAAAAAAGUUCAAAAGCCCAUUUUGUUUUUGCAGCUUGAAGAAAGAAAAUUUGGCAAAAAGCCGUGACACAAUGGAUUAAAAGGAAAAAAGAGAAGGGCCAGAAGCAUAAAGCAUGAAAAUAUUAUUUACUUUAGGGUAUAGGAGAUUUUUUUUUAAAUUUUUUAAAAACUGGAAACUGAAAACUUGAAAUAAAUUAUAAAAAGUGUACCAUUUCUAUGUAGGACAUUAUGUUAGGCCAAAAAAUCACCCACCUCUUCCCACUAUAUAAUUUUUAAAAAUUAUUAUUCUUCAGACCGGCCGAGGCUUAUGGCCAAGAACCGACAUUGACUUUCGAGGUGCAGCCUUCCCGAUUGGCGGCGAUGCGACAAUUGAUGGUCUUAUCACGAUUCCCAAUAUUCUCCGUGAAUUCACAUCGGAAGACAAUCUUCACGGUGUGUCCCACGGCAUGGGUGGUGUUUUUGAAUUGCCAAGUCAUCAGUUGAACGUCGCUGAAGGGGGAGCGACAACAGCGUCGAUGCCGAAACAAGCCAAGGAGUUGGUGAAGAGGAUAAGAAUGUUAAAGGAUGUGGAUCUGUAUAAUACUUGGGCAAUGGUCAUUAUUACUAUUGGAACGGAGGAGGUAAGAUUUGGUGUAGUCAGGGUAAAAGAGGUCACUUUGGGAAUGGGGCGGGUAUUUUUGGUUUUUCUGGAUGAAGGUUAUAAGAUUUUUAUGCAGAUUAGGUUAUUCAAAUAAUUCUGUGCUUCUUGAUCUUGAAAUUUUUUUUUGAGAAGGGGCACAGUAUUAUUUUUAAAAUUUAAUAGAAGGUUUUAAAAUUUGGGUUUAACUCUUUUUUAAAAGGUAAACAAACGGUUAUAGGUAUGUUCGAACUGUUCAGCACCAGAUACAGAAGCAUUGACGAAAGCAUUGGGCAUACUAAAAGCAGGAAUAUAUAAAGCUUUUGUUAUACUGCUAGGACCUAUUCACGUAUCUUCAUCUUAUCAUCAAAAGGCUAAUUUGUUAAAGUAUGUUAUUUUAUUUUUUUGAAGAUUUUACUAUGCUUUAUAGGACGUUUGAGCUGCUUACAAAUGUAUAAAAAAUUUUUUGGUUUUUCUUAAUUUGAUUUGUAAAGAAUAACUUAAAUUUCAAAUUUUCAUUUUUGGUCUUUAUGACAUUAUUUACCCAAUUAUUUUCCAAAAUAACCAUGAAUUUUAAUUCAGAACACGAUGUGCUUGCUCAAAAGACGAAUCGAACGAAUUUAUGGAAGAUUUAAGCAAUGAAUGGAUUGAGUCGUUUGCUACAGUCGCCGAACACGCUACCGCUAUUCAAAACAAAAACUUUGGAGUACUCACCUUACCCAUGCUUACAGUCACUUCUCGUUACCCGUACUCACUCUUCAUUCCCAACAAACCUUUACUCAAUCGUCGUGGUCACAAUUAUGCGACAAAAUGGCUGUGGAAUCGUCUUAUCGCUGGCUCAAAGUACAAUCUUUCGAACACGGUAUUGUCGCAAGAAGCCUACUUUUGUCCAUCAGUUGGAUGUCCCUACUUUAGGACACUUGCCAAUUAUCAUAAGUGUACGAUAAUGAAGAAGUCGGAAGCGGCGGAAAUGGAGAAGAAGGCGUUGGAGAGCAGAUUGAUGGGCAAAUUAACAAAACAUGAACAUUACAAACAUGCUAUGGGUAUUGUGGGGAUCGCUUUUGUCAGUGUGAUCGUAUUUGGAACAUUCUUUUACUACAGGAGCAAACUUGUAAGUUGUUAUUUAGUACUUAUAGUUAUAACGUCUUUUGAUGAGGGAUUAUAAUAACUUCACGCCUUUCUAAAAACGCUGAAUUUAUGACUAUUUUUGAAUAUUUUUAAAGGAUUUUGCAUUUUAUUUUCGAUCUUUGCUGACCAAUACUUUAGGGCACAAGAGGUCGAUUUGAUGCCCCACCAGUACCAGAUGGUCUGGUUUCAAAGCCCUACUCGUUAUCAGUAAAAAAGCUAAAUGAUUUGAGCGAUGAAGCGGAAGAAGGGACGGAAUCAGCGUUGUUACGAAGUCGACCACCUAGUGCUCGACCAUUCGAUGUGUCGCAACAAAAUAUAUUCAAGGAGGCGCUGUAG